AUGUAAAGAUUGUUUCUCCUCAUAAAUAUUAAUAUAGCAAUAGGAUUAUUGAUUUGUUAAGAUUAAAAUGGCUUAACUUUAUAACUUGAUAAAUCCAUCACAAUACCAAAUUACAAUUGUACUCUUAAUGUAAAUAAUGAAAAAUUAAUCAACAUGACAUCCUUAGGAGGAAAACUUAAAAUCAUAGGAACUGAAUUAUUUCUAAGUCAGAAUAUUUUUUUGAAUGGUUUUGGACUUGUUGAAUUUCAAAAUAUCACUAUUGACACUCAAACUAAAGUUCUUUCGAUAUCAAACAACAUUCACCUAAACAAUGUUACUCUAAUAAGAAAUUGCCAUAUCAAUGCAACUUCAAUAUAGAUUAGAUAGACUAUAAUGACUAAGAUGGCCUUCUAAUAUAACACAGUCUUUGAAUCUCCAAUAGAUGUCGAUGGACUGAUUAUAUCUGACUCAACUUUUUAUCAAAGUUCUCUUGUAGAAUUAGAAAGUCAAUUAAGAAAUAUUAAAUUUGAUCAUGUCAGUUUUAUCAAUUCAACAAUAGCCAAAAUUACUAAACUUCGUAGAAUCACUUUUAAUAAUUCAUUUGUAAUUUAAAGUAUUUUGAUUGAUACAGAUAUUUCUUAAGAAAUUACAAUUUUAAACUCUUACUUUACACUCUCUACAGCUAUAAAUGCUAUUGGAACACUUUAUACAACUGUUAUUAAUGUAACACUUUCUUAAAGUAUUUUGAUGCGAAUUCAAAGUAAAAAUUAAAUAUAAAUUAUUGGGAAUCGAUUUGAAUCCAUAAUAUCUGACUCUUAACUCAUCCUUGCUGAUAGUCAUUAUAUAUCAAUCUUAAAUACUACUCUAAUUAAUAUCCAAUCAACAGUACUAUUUUAUGUAAACUCAUAAAAUAUCCUUAUCAAAAAAAUUACUUUGUAGGUUCUUCAAGGAUGUAUAAUGAUUAAUACCUAUAAUCUCAGUAAUGUAAUUAUAAAUUAUUUCACAAUUUAAUCUACUAAAUCAGAUUAUCCUUUUUUCUCUGUUAAUGGUACAUUAUCACUAUAUAAUGGAAACUUUUAAUAAAAUCAAGGAACAAUCUCAAAAUCAAAUUAAAUAUAAGAGCUAAUAAUUGAUUAGGUCAACUUAACGCAUUUUUCUGAUUCAAUUCUAUUUGACUUACAAUAAUCUUCCUUAAUUUAAAUUACCAAUUUAGCAGUUAAUAAUUGUACAUCAUUAGAAUUUGCAAAAUUAUUCAAUAUUGUAAAUGUCAUUAUUAAAAAAUUUACUAUGGCUUAUUGUGAAGAAUGCAGUUUCCUUUAAGUCAAAAAUUCAUAAAUCGAACUUAAUUUAAUAAAAAUUUUUCAAAUUCAGAAUUUUUUAAUUUCUUUAAUUGUUAUUGAAAAAUCCAAUUUCAUGAUGAAACAGAGUCAACUUUUUGAUAUUAUUUAAAAUAAUAGAUAAGUUAUAAUGAUUGAAAACAACAUUAAAAUAAUGUUAAAUGGCAUUGAAUUAUCAGAAAUAAAUUGUUAAUUUUGUGAUGGAGUAAUUAAAAUUUUAAAUAGCAAUUAAAGUGAUAUUUAAAAAUGCAUAUUUAAAAAUUCAAAAUCUUAAUUAGGUUACAUAUAUAUAAAUUCUAUAGCUAAUUUAAUUGCUUUUGAGAAUAAAUUUUAAAAUAUAACAGCUGCCUAAGGAUCAGCAUUUUUAAUUUUGAAUUCAUCCAUUUAAAUCUUUAAAAACUAAUUUAUUGAUUUAGAUUCAAAAGAUGGUGGAGUAAUUUACUUAAAUUAAAGUGGAAAAGCUACUCAUUAUAUUGAAUAAAACGAAUAUGAAAAUUGUAGAAUGAAAACGAAUAAAUCUAUUUAUUUAAUAUCAAAUUAAAUAGUUGAGCCUGACAUUUUCACUUAUGUUAUUGGACCUGUUUAUGUUUCUGUGGAUAAUAUAAUAUACUUAUUAGAUGAUUUAAUCAAAAGAAAAUCUACAAUUUAUUAUGAUAAAUUAAAGAGUGGAUAAACAAAAGAAUUCAUUAUUACUAUAUUAGAUGAUGGGAUGAAUAAAAUAUGUAAAGUUAUGAAUUAUUUGAGCAUUAAAUCUAAAAUAUAUUUGUUAGAUUAAUACAAAUGUUAAUAUAGAAUAUAAUAUGUUUAAUACUAAAAUAUUCCAAAGGAUGAAGUAAUAGAAUUGUAAAUAGAAUUUUCAUAAUUAUAUUUUUACAAUGAUACAUUAAAAUUAUCAAUAAACUUACAUAUGAUUGAAUGUGAAUUAGGAGAAGAGUGGAGUAAUUAAACUUGUUUAAAAUGUCCAUAUGGAACAUAUAGUCUAUAAAAUUAUAAAUCAUGUUUACAAUGUAUAAAUUAAAUUGAAUAAUGUCCUGGAGGGUCAUAAAUAAUUGUAAAAUAAGGUUAUUGGAGACCUAACAACUUAACUGAUUAAAUAGAAUAUUGUGGAACAUCUUAAUCUUAAUGUAUGGGUGGAUCAGAGGAUUUUACAUGUAAAUAAGGUUAUAUAGGAGCAUUAUGUAAUGAUUGUGAUUAUUAUGCUGAAAAAUGGAAUGCUUCUUAUACAAGAGAUUGGAGUGGAGAUUGUUCUUUAUGUUAGAAUGAUGCAUUUAACUUAUUAAAGAUAUUUUUAUCAUUUUCAUGGAUUUUGAUUGCUUUAUUGAUAUCAGUUAGGGGAAGUUUAAGAUUAGUUAGAUCACAAUUAUCUGCAUAUUAUUUGAGAAUGAUGGGAAUAUUCUUUGGAACAAGAUCAACAACUAUUAUUGAUUAAACUGAAAUUUUAAUUAAAUUGGUUUCAAGUUAUUUUCAAUUGAUUUCAAUAAUUUAAAUAAUUGAAUUUGAUUUUCCAACUCCAAUAAUAUUUAUAACAUAAUUGAUAGGAAAUCCAUUAUCUACUUUAGAAUAUUCAAUAGAAUGUUUUCUAUUGCAUUCUAAUAUUGAAAUAGAAAUUGUAUAUCUGAGAUAAUUUUGGAAUUUAUUUGUUUCAUUACUUUUUGUAUUUUCAUUUGUUUUGAUUUACUCUAUAUUGUAAAUGUGUAACUAAUUAGAAAAUUCAACUAGAACCAUCUUUAUUACAUGUGUGAUCUAAGUAAACUUUUACUUUUAAGGAGAUAUAAUAGAAGGGUUAUUGUAAUUGGUAUUUUGUAUUAAAGCAUCAGGAUAAUAUUACAUAUAAGCAGCCACAUCAUACAUUUGCUAUUCUGAAGAGUAUUACUUCUAUAUAGAAAUAUUCAUUAUACCCACAUUAAUGAUUGUUGGUCUCAUAUCUCCAAUUUUUUAUAUUGUUAAGCUUUAUAAGAAUAAAAAUAAGUUAUGGACUUGCAAGUUAAGAAUACCAUAUGGAUAUUUAUAUGUGGAAUAUAAAGAUAAAUAUUAUUACUGGGAAUUCCUAUGUUUCUUUGUUAAAUCAAUCUUUUAUCUACUAGAGACACUACUUAUUUAAGACAUCAGACAAAUGUUUCUAUUUGCUAUAUUGGUAUUAUUAAUAUACUUAGAAUUGUUAAGUUAACAUUAACCAUAUAUUGAAAAGUAAUACAAUUUCAUAGACAAAAUAUCUUCAUAAUUAGCUAUUAUCACUUUGAUUUGCUCCUACAGUUAACAUAAAAAUCCUUACAAUUGGUUAGUAUACUUUUUAUCAAUCUCAUGUUCAACUCUUAAUUUACUCUAUUGUUCUUUCAUAGCUAUCAAAAUAAUUAAAGAGUAUUUGUCAGGAUUAAAAUAAUAACAUCUAGAAUAUAUUGUUAAUCUAAUUAUACGAUAUCCAUUCAUCAAAUAUUGUAUCAAAAAACCUAAAAAUUAUUAUUCUAAAAAAAGAGCCUUCUUUUUAUGGAAAAAAGUUAGAGUUUAUGUAAUGGAUUUUAUUGACAAAUUAAAAUUACAAAAAUCAAAUAUGAAUCUAAGUUCAUAAUUUUAAUCUAAUUCUAAUAGACCAUAAACAUCAUCUACUAAUACAACAAUUAGUUUAUUAAAUUCAAUUGCACCACAAUUAGUCAAAUAUAUGUAAAUACAUAAUUGAUAUUUUAGAAAAUAUGAUCCAGAUAAAUUGAAUUAAAGAAUUGUCGAUCAAAAUGAUUUCACAAGUAUUGUAUCAGCAUAUAUUGAUCCUCAAAAUCCUUAAACUCUGGUGGAUAAUCUAUAAUUACCAAAAAAAAGUACUAUUUCCACUAUCUUCACUUAUAUGAACAAUAAUAACAUAGAAUGA